AUGGACGCUGCCAUGCUACAGUGCAUCAUCUGUCCAGGACAGCCCCGAUUUAGCGAUGCGUCACAUCUGUUGACCCAUAUUGCGUCCAAGGCUCAUUUAUCAUUUUAUUUCAAGCUUCAAGUACGCAGCCACCAGGAGAGUAAUGCCACCGACCUCCUGGCGGAGUACGACGAUUGGUACAGCACCAACAGUCUCGCACAAUUGCUAUCCGACAGGAUGACUUCCAAGGAGGACCGGAAGAAGAAAAGAAAGUCACAGACGAAGAUCAAGACCGAACCCGAUGUACAGCCUCAGCUGCCGCAGAGAAGCUCUCGGAGAUUGAAUCCACCCAAGGUUGAAGACCAAAGCUCGCAGGCAAUCGAUUCUUUCCCUGACUAUCUAGAUCCCCGCCUGGCAGGCUCUCCCACGAGCCAGAAACAAGACUCAAACAUCCAGGAGACGUCCUUCUUUCCAUCCUAUAUUACGCCUGCCACACCCACACCCACGGGUGCAGUUGCGGUCGCUGACAUGCACGCUGAAAUGCCAGUGGAGGCUCGCCUCCAGUUAGGGCUAGCAUCGGCCAUGGACGCUUUGACACACAAUGAAGUGCAUGGGCAGUUCGACGGAGGUACAGGGAAUUUGUAUGGUACUCUUCCUGAAACACCCAAAGCUCCUCGAGCAAGACGCAGACGGAGCGCUAUGUCGUCAAUGGGCCAUGAUAUGGUGGAUCCCUUCUUGGAUGAUUCAAUGCAUACGGGAGAGUCGAACAACAUUGAUGCUGAAAAAGAACGGGCAGAUGAGAUGGCAAGGCUCAAGGGCAUCCUGUGGCCGGGGAUGGAUAUAUUCGACUCAGCAACCCAACAGAUGCGGCGCAAGCGCAAUCAGAAAAAAGACCAAAAUGUACUGAAGAUGAUGGAGAUGACGUCGCUGCAGGUAGAGCCCACUGAACUGAUUUUCUCUCCCACUGGUAUCCUGCGGAAGCAGCGUGUGAUUUCCGGCAAUGUUGAAGACGACAGCCCUCUGAAGGGAGAGACGCCGAUCCCAAAGCGACGCCCGCCUCGCCCCAAAAAAGAUGCACUUCGCCGAGUCGAUCCCAACGUCACCCGUGCACAAGACAGGAAAGGUGGCAGAAAGACAGCUCACAACACCCGCAACCGCAGAGGACUGGAUAUAUAUGAUGACCAUGAUGUAUACGCUGGAUCUCCCAGUCCUCCUCGAUUAAAUGGUGGCAUGAAGACCAGCAAGCCUCCAUACGCCAGUGAUGACGGUGAGCUUGGCCUUGCUGUGCAAGCAUUUUCAAAGCGACCACGCAAUGGGUUCACGAUCUAUGCCGACGAGGUUGACCAAGCUAGCUCGAGUUUCAAAGACCAGUUUGCAUAUUCCAAGGUUUCACGAGAUACUUUGACCCCGGCUCGUUUGCACCUGGACCGCAAGACUGAUUCCGGCAUUCAUGGGGGAAAAUUCAACCAGCUUGCUAUUGACAAAGAAAACAUUGAGCCCAUCAUGACAACUCAAGGCCGAAUCGGUUUGCACGAAUGGCAUUCCCCGUUCCCAAGACGAAGCGACACUGACAAUGUUGGCUAUACACCACGAUUUUAUUAUGAAGAGCCGAUGAAUGGGGAUUUUGGUGCAGAUGGCGAGCAGGAAAGUGCUGCGUAUCGAUCCAAUCCUUUGCUGGCCCCAAGCUCGAAGAUGGAAUUUUAUGACACCAGCCUGUAUGGCGGUGAUAUCGGGAUGGUUGGUUGGGGGAUGUCUCCUCAUGUACCAUCCUCAGAAGCAACAGUCUCUGAGGAAGACCAGCACGACCUUGCCCAACUGUAUCUGACCGCUCAUGCGGAUUAG